AAACUAAACAAAAACAGAGGUAUCUUUUCCUAAUUUCCCUCCUCCCUGUAUCAUCACAACAACUAAACAAAAAAAUUUCUUGCUCCAUUCAAAUCUUUUGAGAUCCCUCGUACAUAAACAAAUAGUUUUGAGAUCCGAAGUUAAAUUUUAUAUUAAUCAAAAGAGUUGAAAUUAAAUAUUAUAUAAAUAAAAGACUAAUAUUUUAAAAUUUUUGGUGGAAAAAUAUAGCGUCAAAAUCAUUUGUAAAAUUGUUCAAUAUCCAAUAUUUUGAUCCAAUCCGAUUAGUAUCUCCCUCGUUACCUUCGUGAAGUGGUUAACAAAGUAAAAUCACAACACAAAGAAUAAAAGAAAUCUUUGUCUUCACUCUCUCUCCUUCACUUUACUCUGCUGAAAAUGAGUGCUGCAGAAGAUCAAUCACAUUCCUCAGGAAAAAAGUUGAAACCAGAAAGCUAUAAAACUUAUCAUGGUAGAGAUCCCAAUCCUGGAAAUGACCUUUGGACAGAUGGACUUAUCUGUGCUUUCGAAUUUGUUCGAGGAAAAAGGAGACAUGUUAAGUCUAGGUCCUCGUCAAAGUUCGGAAACCAACUACAUUUUGACAGCCAUUAUUCUAAGACACAUGUCCCUUCAAAUGGUUUAAUGGAGGCUUCUUCCACAAGACCAGAUGAAAAGAAGCUCUCACAUCCUUCAUUCGAUGAUGACAAAGAGGGCCCAGUCUUUCAGGUUGGCCAAUCUAAUGCCUCAGAAAACGACAAGGGUGACCAUUGGGUACCGAUUGGAUGGUCCAGAAUUUCAGAACUUGUCCAAGCAGUUCAGGUCGAUGCCCUCUGGUCUCAAUUUGAAUUCGAGGAUUCUGAAGAUGAUUUUACUGUAGCUGAUCUGGCAGCUCCCUAUUGGGAACGUCCAGCUGGGCCUAUAUGGUGGUGCCAUGUUUCUGCAGGUCACCCUUCUGUUGAGGCUUGGCUAAGCAAUGCUCAAUGGCUACAUCCUGCUGUUAGUUUAGCUUUGAGAGAUGAAAGUAGACUUAUAAGUGAGCGGAUGCAACACCUUCUCUACGAGGUUCCAGUCAGAGUUGCAGGAGGGCUGUUAUUUGAGCUCUUGGGACAAUCAGUGGGUGAUCCUCUUGUUGAAGAAGAUGACAUUCCGAUUGUACUUAGGUCUUGGCAAGCACAAAAUUUCCUAGUAACUGUAAUGCAUAUAAAAGGUUCUGUGUCAAGGAUAAAUGUUCUCGGUAUAACAGAAGUUCAGGAGCUUCUUUCUACUGGAGGAUAUAAUGUCACAAGAACAGUGCAUGAAGUUAUAGCACAGCUUGCUUGCCGUCUCUCACGGUGGGACGAUAGGUUAUUCCGGAAAUCUAUAUUUGGGACAGCGGAUGAGAUUGAAUUGAAGUUUAUGAACAGGAGAACCCACGAAGAUUUGAAUUUUUUUAACAUAAUUUUAAAUCAAGAAAUCAGAAAGUUAUCAGCACAGGUUAUCAGAGUGAAGUGGUCUCUCCAUGCAAGAGAUGAAAUCGUCUUUGAGCUUCUCCAACAUCUAAAAGGGAAUGGAGCAAGAAACUUGUUGGAGGGAAUAAAAAAGAGCACAAGGGAAAUGAUUGAAGAGCAAGAAGCAGUUCGUGGACGAUUGUUUACCAUUCAAGAUGUUAUGCAGAGCACUGUUCGAGCUUGGUUGCAGGACAGAAGCCUCAGGGUGACUCAUAAUUUAGCUGUAUUUGGUGGUGUCGGUGUUGUCCUCACCAUCAUUACUGGUUUAUUCGGUAUCAACGUUGAUGGAAUACCCGGGGCAGCAAAUACACCAUAUGCAUUUGGUCUCUUCACAGCCAUCCUCAUCUUUUUAGGAGCAGUGCUGAUUGUAGUUUGUCUGGUUUACCUUGGGCUGAAAAACCCCAUUGCUGAGGAACAGGUAGAAGUUAGGAAGCUUGAGCUGCAAGAAUUGGUGAAGAUGUUUCAGCACGACGCAGAGACUCAUGCUCAAGUCAGAAAAAAUGUUUCAAGGAAUAACUUACCUCCUACUGCCGGUGAUGCUUUCCGCGAUGCAAACUAUCUUGUCAUACAAUAGAGACAUUUUUUGUUGUCAUUAUGCAUUAUAUCAACAACAUUCUUGUGAGCGAGAAUUGGAAUAUCUUGAAGUCAUAACAUGAAUUUAGGAAACAGUACACAUUAUAACUUAUAGAGCUAUGUUAUCUGCAUCUUUCAUAUCUUAUUGGUAGCUUUUUUAUUAUCUUUUGAAGUCUCAUGACAUGUUUAUGUUUUGCACUUUCAACUCCUAUUAAAUUUACUCCUUAAACUCGUUA